CAGGGCUCCAAUGAGUAAAAAGGAGACAGACACAGUGUAACUGCUUGACCUGUCACUGUAACAUUAUGAGUGUUUUUUGCGGGUGAUCAACACCGGGUAACCUGACAGAGCGACUACUGACAAUUAUAUGGAAAUUGUAAGUACAGGACAGUCACUGGACAUUCUAAUCACGUCUAGAAUACAGCAGCUCUGACAAAUACAGUGUUGCUCUAAAUAACUCUGUUCCAAACCUAUUGGCUCUAAUAAUGCUUUAAUAUGUCAACUUUAUUGUUGGGUGAGCACUACUUACAUUGCAGAAAGGGAAAACAAUAACUUUAACCUUUUCAGUUCUAAAAUAAGUUUUCUUGUAAUUGUCCUAUUUAUAGUGAAAUCCCCCCUCUCAUAUUAUUGUAAAGCGCUACGGAAUCUGUUGGCGCUAUAUAAAUGGCAAUAAUAAUAAUAAAUAAUAAUAAAGAUGUAGGUGCUGGCACUGAAGGGGUUAAACCCUGUCUUAUGUAAAGUGUUGGAGAGUCAGGUAAGGUACUGUCACAUGACUCAGUGGUGUGUUUUAUUAGUUUGGCUGCUUUGUGUGUGAUGUCAAUAGAGUUUAGUUUAUCUUACAGUUUCUUAUCACAUUGUGCAUGUUGGGCUAUAUGUUGUAAUCAUAAUAUCAAUGCAGGGAAGGGCUGUGAAAUGGGGUCGAUCAACAAUGUACCGUAGAAAAAAAGAGAAAAAGAAACGUAUAGUCACUCAGCAGCUUCACAAUAAUAUCUAAUUAUUAGAUAAAAACAAAAAGAGUGUUUAUUCACUAAACUAAGAAUUAAAAUGAGUUAAAAUUUGCAUUUCAAAUAUUUUAGAAUAAAAUAACUUUAGCUAGAGAAGAAUUUUAUAUUUUUUCCAUAUUUACUAUUUUUGCCUCAGUUUUUUCCAUUCUGAUUUUAAUUUGCUAUUAUUCACAGUUUAGUGAAAAUCCCUCAAACACUAUUAACACUAUUGCACAGGCCAAAAUCCUGUUACAGUGGUUAAUGGAAAAAAAGAAAAUUGUUUACAAAUCUAUACAGAACAAUAUUCCAAAAGUACUGAUUAACCAGGACAUAAGAUUAUAUCACAAUUUUAGGUUUAGUAAAGUGGCUUCAACAGUGUCAUUCUAACUGACGUCCGGAUGAGUGUUUUCACUUUAUCUAGGAAAGUUUCGGCUGUCACAAAUUUAAAAUUAUUUUUUUGGGCCAAAAUAGCCAAGGUGAGAACAGAGUUAACAUGGAGGUAUUUUUUUUUAAUCUGUUUCAAUUUCGACUAAAUUUGAAAUUCACUUAGAAUUCACUUUGAAUUGCCAAAACAAGAAAAAAAAAAAAAAACAAUAAACAUGCAUAUUUUAUUAUUCAUACUAUAUUAUUAUUAAUAACUGUAGCUGUAGCAUUUGUACUUUUUUGUAUGGAGUUCUUGUCUCUUUUCUGGUCUCUUUUGUCCUGUAUACCAAUUGUUGAAAUCUAGGCAAUUGUUUUAAUGAUUUUUACUUCCCUAGACCCAGCCAAAUGUAUACGCACACACACAUAUAUGCAUCAUGAUGCCUGCAUUGAGUCAUGUCGCCCAUACACAUAUACAUGGUGUGUAUGAGAAUGUAUGGUGGUAUGCAGAUACAUUAAAAUAGAAUAAAACAUAUAUAAAUUCUGGAAUUGUCUGGAAAAGCCCCUAAAUCCUUGCGUAUUUUUAAAUCAAAUUAAUUGGUUUUAUGAGGGAAAAUAUAUCGGCAAACCAUCUGUUUAAAUAUUUUUUUUUAUAAAUGGACACACAUUCACUCACUCUAAAUUGUAUUUAUUUAUUUUUAACCUUAGAGUGUUCCUUUAAUGACUAUAGUUCAGGCUAGCAAGGGAGUACCUAACCUAGAUGUUCAAGGCUGGGAGGCUUGUUGUUUGUAAAUAUUGACCCGUAUAUAAUUAUUUGAUCUUAUGAUUCAGUUAUAAUUAAUUAAAUCUUUCUUAAUUGUUUGUGAAAGCUAAAGACAAUAACCUUUCUCCAACGUGGAAGAAAGAAGAUUUUGUCUAAGGCAAAGGAAAGGUUUUUUUACUGUAAGAAUAAUCAGGAUGUGGAAUUCUCUGCCUGAAGAAGUGGUUUUAUCAGAGUCCAUACAGAUGUUCAAACAGCUACUAGAUGCAUACUUGCAAAAACAGAAUAUUCAAGGAUAUAAUCUUUCAGUGUAGGGUAAUAACUGCUUGAUCCAAGGAUAAAUCUGACCGCAAUUCUGGGGUCAAGAAGGAAUAUUUUUCCUAGCUUUUGCUAAAUUGUGCUUCAAACUGUUUUUUUUUUUUGCCUUUUGGAUCAACAGCAAAAAACAAAUGUGAGGAAGGCUGAACUUGAUGGAUGCAAGUCUCUUUUCAGCUAUGUAACUAUGUAACUAUAUGUAACGUGGGCUGCUUUGUAAAAUAUCCUUUUUUCCACACAUGAUCUGUUUAAAAGAGAUCUGUGGAUGAGUCUUACAAGUAUAAGCAUUUUACAAAAUUUCAAUAAAUAACAAAAACAAAGCAAGCAAUAAGUCUGAUUUUUUUUUUUUACCCAUGGUAGAACUGCUGUGAAUUCAAAGUUAAUUUAAAAUUUAAGGUCAAAAUAGCCAAAUUUAAAACAGAAUUGACUUAGAGAAUAUUUUUGAUUUGGCUGUUUCGGUCUAAACUUGAAAUUGAUUUUAAAUUUCUGUCUACUCUCAAUUCAGUUCAGUGAAUAACUCUGAAGGCACAGAUCUGGGGAAGGCUACAAAAAAAGAUUUCAGUGUUAAGGAUCCCAAAAGCACAGUGGUCUCCAUAAGUCUUAGAUGGAAGAAGUUUGGAACAUCUAGGACUCUUCCUAUAGCAGGUCACCUGGCCAAACUGAGCACCGGGAUGUAGGGCCAUAAGAUAGGUAACCAGAAACCCAAUUUUGACUCUAGGUGAGCUCCAGUGAUCAUGUGUGGAUAUGGGAGAAACUUGAGAAAGAACAGCCACUACUGCAACACUCCACCAAGCUGGCCUUUGUGGUAGACUGAAUUUGAAUAUUAUCUUCAUUCAAAGAGUCGUAUCUGGAAGAAACCAGGCACUGCUCAUCACCUCACCAGCGCUAUACCAUCCCCAACGGUUGUAGAGUAUAAUCAUUAAAAUACAAGGGUAAUAAGGAAAGGUGAAAGGAAAAAAACAUGAAAGUGCCACUUUAAUUCCAUACCAAGUAAAAAAAACUGUAUGUCCUCCUGCAUAUGGAAUAAGUAUUCAAAGAAAAUCAGAGGUUGUAUUCUCUGCGGUAAAUCGACAAAUGAACACUAAACGUCACUACACGCUGAGAAUUCUUUUUUAAGCUCUAUUUUUUUCUUUGAAUUCAGUAAUCCACCUACUACAACUUUCUAUUUAGUGAAUAUGCCCCCAUGUCACAAUAGCUGUUUCCCAGGUACAUUAUUUUAUAUAAGACCAUACAAUCGUGAUUUCUUGGUAUAGUUAGUUGAGGUAGUUAUGACAAGUUGUUUUUCUACAUACUUAAAAACCUGUUUGUCCUAAUCAUUAUUUAUAUUUUUAUGAUUUAUUAUUUACAUAAUUAUAUCCUGAGUUUCUGCAGUUGCUAGGUAUAAGAAAAAUGAAUAAUAAAAAAAACACUGUAAUUGAUCUACUAUUCCCAUCUGAAGAACAAAAUGUCUUUCAGUUUUUUCUUCAACUUAUAUUUUGAACUUAUAAAGCAUCGAUAUAAUUACUUUUUACCUCUGUGAGUGUCUGUGAAAUAUUAUUAUUUUUCUUAUCAGUAUAGAUUAUUGCAGGUAUUUCCCAUGUUAUCAGCUUCUCAAGCUAUAUUUGCAAUCUCUCCCCAGUCAGUUUGUAACAUUUUACAAUACCUGUACCUAGUACACAGAGGGGAGGGUUUGGGACUAUGGGAGCAGGCAUGAGUAGUGUAAAAUGUUACAAACUGACUGGGAAAGAGAUUGCAAAAAUAGCUUGAGAAGCUGAUAACAUGGGAACAACCUGCGCUAAUCUAUAAAGUAAUAUUAUUUGUGGAUCCAGGACAUACGUGAAAACGAGAGAAAUCUCAAUGUAUCUUUCCUGGUAAAAUAUUUUAUAAAUAAAUAAAUAAUAUUGUACAGACAUGCACAAGAGUUAGUACUAUACAAAAUCACACAGAAACAUGUGUUCCUGACCCUAUAGUGUUUAAUCCACCAUUUAGGUGGCUUGCCUGGGAGGGGGGGACAGUACAAGGCAAUCCCUGGUGGUCCAAGUGGUGAGACUGAACUUUAGCAGCUCUGGCUACAUUUCACUCUUGCGAGAUUUGGAGCUUGCGAGAGGAGAACCUAGCAAAGCUGCAUGUUAGAGCACCCCUGGGUCCUCUCUCCCUCCCCUGCCAGCUGCCUCCAUUACAGUGCUAAAGGCUGGAGAGGGAGAUCUCUGAUCUCCCCUCCGGUUCUGCAGAACCGGCAGGGGAGAGCACAGUUCCUGUUGCUAUAAUCAUAUGAUUAUAGCACCGGGAAAUAUUUUGCGACGAUUUAUUGCCGGUCCGCAAAGCUUUCACCCGACUAUACCGCUACACUGUGCGGACCUGCCCCUUCCUACCCAUACUAUCUUCACUAUCAUCGCUCAGCCAGUACAUCUGGUCAUGACAAAACAUAGGCAGCAGUUGGAUAUCUAGAUAUAUAUUUCUUUAGUAUUAUUUGUGUUGUCAAGUAAGGAAAUAUUGACAUUAAAAAAAUUGCAUAUACCUUGUGCAGUUUCUAAAGAUGGAUCUUUCUAAUACAGUGCAAAUACCAUUCUUCCUCUCCCUUCUCUGUGUUCUUACUUUAACGGUCCUCUCCCUAUGGAAGGUUACAGGAGACAAACUGAAGAUGCUCUGAUGAUACUUUGCCAGCCAAACAAUUUAGUGCAGCUGUUCCAAGUGGACCUGAGGAUAGUUGCUGAGACGUAACAGAGAGGGAACCAGAGAGGGUGGAAUCAGACUCACAAUGAAACAUUCGUUUGUGGUAGUACAUAUAAACAAAAGCAGUCCAUCGCCCAUAAACAGUGAUGGUGGGGACAUAACAUCAACAGAUCCCUUUGUGUACAUUUCCAAAUGAUGGAAAAGAACAACGAUUUGGAUGUGUUUUUAAAUGCGUUCGAUAAAGUAGUGGGGACAAUACUUUAACCUACAUUUUAAGGGGAAAGCCCUGAAUGUAUUGCUUUCCUUCCUACGGACACUGGACAGGACUAUGAGGCCAUAAAGUCUGCCUUGUUAGAAAGCUUUAAUCUUUAAUUACUGAAAUCGACAGGAAAAGAUAUCAGAGCAUUCAGUAAUAUAUAGAUCGGCUCAGGGCUGCUUUCCGGAAAUGAACUAAUGGCCCAAAAGUAACUACCUAUAUGGUACGGAAGGACUUAAUGAUAAUGGGAUAGUAGUGUUCGACAGUAGUGUUCUGAGGCCAGAGAUUGAAUAUUGGAUUUGAAUGCAAAAAAUGUUGUAGAUCUGGUCAGUGAUUACAUUACAUUAACAACGUCGUGUACAACUCUGCAAUUUUCUGUGUGGAGGACCUCAAAGUCAGUAGGGGAUGUUUGUCCUGUUCUACUUGGAGCAAUGGUGUGAUGUUGGUUUUCUGUGUUCACCAGCUUGGUCACCUUCUGAGUGCCACCUGCUCUAGGCACGCUAUAGUGGUUAUGGUGCUUAUAAGGCUCUUUUCUAGAUUGUCAGCACUUCGGCAUAUAUGUUUACUGCAUUGUAUGCAUUUUAAAAUUAAACUCCAAACUGUUCUGAAUUAAAAAUUAAAUUACAGCUAAAAUAGCCAAGGUGUGGCCAUGGGCAUUAUUAGGUGAAAGAAAGACUAAUAGUAAAUUGUAUGGCUCCUCCCACAUAUAACUUAAUCCCCACUUAGUUCCACAGUAAAUUAGCACAUAGUUUUACGGACCAGAUACUGAUCCUUUUAAAAGGUAAUGAAAGCAGAACCAUCACUUUCAGAGAAGUGAGUAUUCUUCGCUCUCACCCCAGUAAACAGGGUUGCAGUGAAUGCAUGUGUAUUUGUGAAAAUGUUUUAUAAAUGGUACGGAAGGAAUAUAGAAAUAGCAUAUACUUGUACACCCAUCAGAAUAUUCUGUUUACCUAAAAAAUACACUGGACAGGACUAUGAGGCCAUAAAGUCUGCCUUGUUAGAAAGCUUUAAUCUUUAAUUACUGAAAUCGACAGGAAAAGAUAUCAGAGCAUUCAGUAAUAUAUAGAUCGGCUCAGGGCUGCUUUCCGGAAAUGAACUAAUGGCCCAAAAGUAACUACCUAUAUGGUACGGAAGGACUUAAUGAUAAUGGGAUAGUAGUGUUCGACAGUAGUGUUCUGAGGCCAGAGAUUGAAUAUUGGAUUUGAAUGCAAAAAAUGUUGUAGAUCUGGUCAGUGAUUACAUUACAUUAACAACGUCGUGUACAACUCUGCAAUUUUCUGUGUGGAGGACCUCAAAGUCAGUAGGGGAUGUUUGUCCUGUUCUACUUGGAGCAAUGGUGUGAUGUUGGUUUUCUGUGUUCACCAGCUUGGUCACCUUCUGAGUGCCACCUGCUCUAGGCACGCUAUAGUGGUUAUGGUGCUUAUAAGGCUCUUUUCUAGAUUGUCAGCACUUCGGCAUAUAUGUUUACUGCAUUGUAUGCAUUUUUUUAAUUAAAACAUUGAUUCCACUUUAUCCAUGGUUUCCGAGAAACCAAUAAAGUUAAAUGAAUUAUUCUGUAGGCAUGUUUUAUUGUAAGCUUUGGGAACAAUUCUCCUGUAAAUAACGCUUACUCAUUCAUCAUUUCUAACAAGCAUGACGACUUAAUUCUCUGAUCCUGUUGAAACAAAUAAUAAUCAAACAGUUGGUGAAAUCCUUGGAAUUUACGGUGCAUUUCUCUAUCAAUGUUUUUUUUAUAGGAGUAAUGUGAUAGCAAUGCGAGUGGCUUUUUGGCUCUGGAAAGAAGAUGAAGCAGUUCCGUCUCGUUGAACCUGUGGUUGCCGUGUACUGUUUUGCAAUAUUUAUAUGCUUUCCACUAGGCCAACAAUAUAUAUAUCACAGGCUAUGGAAUGAGGAGUUCAACUCCAGUGUUCCGUACAGUGACAAUGUAUCACAGUGUGAAACCAAUCAAAGCAGCCCCAACUUUAUUCAUCAAAAGGUAAGGAACAUAUCAAAGUGAAUUUCAAUAUUUUAGGUCAAAAUAGCCAAAUUGGAAAAAUUCUAUAAUUGAGCUAUGUUUUAAUUUAUGCUACUUUGUCAUAAAAUCUAAACUUCACCUUGAAAUCACUUUAAUUUCACAAUUAUUUAAUUUACCAAUUCACACUUCUGAAUUAGUUCAGACACAGUACAUAUAGGUACCUGCAAUCACCAGAUAGUUAUUAAUAAUGUAUGGCUCAAUGAAAGCUGCAAAAAACACAUAGAGAUCCAAACCACUGCAAUACUAAAAGAACAAACGUUUUUAUAUAUAUAUAUAAAUAUACAUACACAAACAAUAAAAAUAAAAACCUUAAAUUUUUUUUAAAUAAGUGAGUUUAUUCACUAAACUCCAAACUGUUCUGAAUUAAAAAUUAAAUUACAGCUAAAAUAGCCAAGGUGUGGCCAUGGGCAUUAUUAGGUGAAAGAAAGACUAAUAGUAAAUUGUAUGGCUCCUCCCACAUAUAACUUAAUCCCCACUUAGUUCCACAGUAAAUUAGCACAUGGUUUUACGGACCAGAUACUGAUCCUUUUAAAAGGUAAUGAAAGCAGAACCAUCACUUUCAGAGAAGUGAGUAUUCUUCGCUCUCACCCCAGUAAACAGGGUUGCAGUGAAUGCAUGUGUAUUUGUGAAAAUGUUUUAUAAAUGGUACGGAAGGAAUAUAGAAAUAGCAUAUACUUGUACACUCAUCAGAAUAUUCUGUUUACCUAAAAAAUAAACAGAAAUAUAGUGCAAUACCAUUUACAAUAUAUGCCUUUCCCACAUGCUCCCAUUUGGAUUAACUCACAAAGAAAGAGUGGCCGUGUGUCACUCAAACAGCUGAGCACCAGGAGGAUCACGUCUUGGACAUCACUGGAUCCAAAGGAAACCGGAAUGUAUGUGAAAGGGAUGUCCGUGUGUCUGUGAAUAUAGAUACAGUGAGGGGGGAAAGUAUUUGAUCCCCUGCUGAUUUUGAACGUUUGCCCACUGACAAAGAAAUUAUCAGUCUUUUUUUGUAGUUGGCCACCAGGUUUGCACACAUCUCAGUAGGGAUUUUGUCCCACUCCUCUUUGCAGAUCCUCUCCAAGUCAUAAGGGUUUAAAGGCUGACAUUUUGCAACUCGAACGUUCAGCUCCCUCUAUAGAUUUUCUAUGGGAUUAAGGUCUGGAGACUGGCUAGGCCACUCCAGAACCUACUGUCCAGGACCUUGUUCUUGAGCCACUCCUUUGUUGCCUUGGCUGUGUGUUUUGGGUCAUUGUUAUGCUGGAAUAGGCAUCCAUGACCCAUUUUCAAUGCCCUGGCUGAGGGAAGGAGGUUUUAACCCAAGAUUUGAUGGUACAUAGCCCUGUCUAUUGUCCCUUUUGAUGCAGUGCAGUUGUCCUGUCCCCUUAGCAGAAAAACACCCCCAAAGUAUAAUGUUUCCACCUCCAUAUUUGACGGUUGGGAUGGUGUUCUUGGGGUCCUAUGCAGCAUUCCUCCUCCUCCAAACAUGUUGAGUUGAUGAUAAAAAGCUUGAUUUUGGUCUCAUCUGACCACAGCACCCAGUUCUCGUCUAAAUCAUUCAGAUGUUCAUUGGCAAACUUCAGACGGGUCUGUACAUGUGCUUUCUUGAGCAGGGGGACCUUGCAAUGCUGCAGGAUUUCAGUCCUUCACAGCGUAGUGUGUUACCAAUUGUUUUCUUGGUGACUAUGUUCCCAGCUGCCUUAAGAUCAUUAAAAAGGUCCUCCCGUGUAGUUCUGGGCUGAUUCCUCACCGUUCUCAUGAUCAUUGUAACUCCACGAAGUCAGAUCUUGCAUGGAGCACUAGACUGUGGGAGACUGUUUUGUGUUUGUGUUUCUUCCAUUUGUGAAUAAUCGCACCAUCUGUUGUCACCUUCCCACCAAGCUGCUUGGCGAUGGUCUUGUAGCCAAUUCCAGCCUUGUGUAGGUCUACAAUCUUGUCCCUGACAUCCUUGGACAGCUCUUUGGUCUUGGUGGAGAGUUUGGAAUCUGAUUGAUUGAUUGCUUCUGUGGACAGGUGUCUUAUACAGGUAACAAGCUGAGAUUAGGAGUGUUUCUAAUCUCAGCUCGUUACCUGUUUACAAGACACCUGGGAGCCAGAAAUCUUGCUAAUUGAUAGGGGAUCAAAUACUGAUUUUACUCAUUGACAUGCGGUUUUCUGGAUUUUUUUUUCCCGUUAUUCUGUCUCUCACUGUUAAAAUACACCUACCAUAAAAAUAAUAGACUGAUCAUUUCUUUGUCAGUGGACAAACGUUCAAAAUUAGCAGGGAUCAAAUACUUUUCCCCCCUCACUGUAUGCAUUUGACCUACAUGCCUGUAUUUUUGUAAGAAUACAGGAUUGCCUUUGUUAGGCAUGUCAUUGUGUGUGUGAAUGCAGAGGUGCAUUUUGUGAGGAUGUGCAUGAAUGUUUGUAUUUAUAUUCCUUAUUAAUAUUAUAGGUUACAGAGCCUUUUCUCUUCAUAUCCUCUCAUCCCCACCAUUUGUUUCUCCCCUCCACUUAUCUCUGUUAAUUUCCCGUACCCCACUACUCUACUUUGCCACCAAGUAAAACCACAAAUUUCAGUGUGUGGAGGGGACAUCCUAUGCGUGUCUCUAUACACAGAACUCUGAGCUAGUUGAGUUCCCUUUAAAAGAGAUGCCAAUUGCUCGGUCGACCUCAUGAAUUAAAUAAAACUGUUUUGAGCUGGUUUUGGAUAUCUGCUGAUCUCUCCAACUGACCCAUUACUGCAGAAUAGUGGGCGGACUUCUCACUUUACCUGGUCCUUUGUCCAUGACCAAAGUGCCUGAAUGGUGGUCAGUCCAUCCCUAAUUAUGACUACACAAUGCUGGAACUUUAGUAAUCAGUUAGUUGGAUGGAACACAGAACAUAGGAACACCAAAUGCUUCUUCCAGCCGGACUUACCCCCAAGUAUGGUUUUUGAGUGCUCAGUAUGGGACUCACAGCGGGCUCGAUAUAGGCAGGUAAUAAUUAUAGCAGGCUGCAUUCUGCGUGCCACACUCCUCAGCAUUAUGAUAUAAAUGAAGGUCUGGCACGGCUCACUAUUGCAGAGUACCGGAACUUCAUUGAUGACAAACAGGAGACUCAGGGCUACUAAAAUAAAACAUCAAAAUUUCGAUCAAGGCUUUUCAAGAGCACAUUGGGGACUCUAGCCCCUUCAGCCUUCCCAAUGUCCCUGGUUGUGGCUAAAGCUGAGCUGGAGAUUUUUUUCCAAAUCAGCUAUUUUAGUCUACAUUUUCAAAUUUAUAUUUAAUUUGGUACCAUUCAGAGUUUAGUGACUUAUCCUUAAUUUCAUAUAUGUGAAUAUUUUUUUUUAAGAUAGACAGCACGAAUAUUUUUUACAUUUUAUUUUAGUUUAUUUGUAACUAUUUAUGGAAAAAAAACAAAAAAAGUUGCUUUGUGCUGUAUCUUAUAGUCUGUAGUGCCUUGUGGUUAUCAGAUGGAAAUAUGGUGAAGAAAUUCUAGCUGUGAUGUACUGAUAAAUGUGUUUACACUACCAUAACUCUAGUGAGUGGGUAUGUGUGAGAGGGAAAUGGGGGAGGUGGAGUGACAGAGCAUUUCUUCUCACUUCCUCUGUAUUGAAGUCCAGCUGUUGCAGUGCAGAUAGUUGUAGGAACGAUAUGUAACAUUCAUGGUAAUUACAUGUCUAGUUUUACAGUUCUUGUGUAUACAUUGGUAUCAUGCUAGAGCAAAAGUUUUUUGACUAAUAUUACCACCCGAAAAAAAACCAUAUGAAUAUCUUAAAAUAAAAAAACAUUAAAUUGAAUGCUAAUAAACAAUAGAAAUGACUUGUGUUGAACAACAAUGUUAAAGGGGCAUUCUACGCUCCAAAACAAGUUUACUGCAAUGAAGUAGUUUUGGUGUAUAGAUCAUGCUCCUGCAGUCUCACUGCUCAAUUCUCUGUCAUUCAAGAGUUAAAUCGUUUUUUGGUUCUGUUUAUGCAGCCCUAGUCACACCUCCCCUGGCUGUGACUCACACAGCCUCUAUGAAAAAAUUGUCUAAUUUUUAAAGUACAUGUAAAAGUAAAAUACAGCACAUUUAUGCAUGACGAGUUAUUAUCUCCUGCUCUGUUAAUGGAAAUUUAAUCACACAGAGGAGGCUGCUGCAAGCUCUAGCGGAAAAUUGACAGAGCAGGAGAUAUGAAAUGCUAAAUUAAACACACUGAGCGACAAGGCAAGCUAAAACAUUUAGACUUUUUCAGGAAGUGUGGAGGGAGACAGUGUGAGUCACAUGCAGGGGAGGUGUGGUUAUGGCUACAUAAACAAAGCAAUUUGCCUCCUAACUGGCAGUGAUUUGAGUAGGGGCAGGGGCAUGACCUGUACACGGAAACCACUUAAUGCAGCUAAAGUUGUUUUGGUGCUUUAGUAUGUCCCUUUAAAGCCAUCACUCGACAGCAAAGUUUUUUCAUCAUAACUUCUCUAGCACUACAAACAGCAUAUAGAUGUUUUAUAAUCCCGUGGGCCAACCAUUUGUUUAACUGCUCAUGUGUAGAGAUGUCACGAACCGUCCGCGAAUUCUCGCGAACGGUUCACCACGAACCGUUCGUGGUGAACUCCGGUCAGCUGACACAUCCCGGCCAAUCUCCAGCAGACCCUCCCUCCCAGACCCUCCUACUUAUUGGACAGCAUCCAUUCGCGACAUCUCUACUCCUGUGUUAGUAGACUUGAAAUUUUGCCCUGAUGAGAAAACAAUCAACAAUGAGGGACAGUGUUCCCAAUAUGUUUUUAUUAAUCUACCCUGUCUUGAAACUGACCAGCAUUUUGUUGGCAAUUUGCAGAAGUUAAAUUUUUAGCCAUUUAUAUCAGAAUGCAUAUGUAAAAUAAAGUAUUUAAAACUUAAGAUAAUUUUCUCUUUAUUUUCAGGAAGUUCAGAAACAAGCAUCAUUUUUUUCUACCAAGUUGGAUUUAAGUGCUCUUAUACCAAGCCUUGUGAUGUCUUUAAUCCUUGUAUCGUAUGGAGAUCGACAUGGACGCAAAGCAUCCCUACUUUUGCCCUCAAUCGGUGGCUUAUUGUCUGUAGGAGUUUAUUUUUCUGCCUCCUUCUUUUCUCUGCCCUUAGAAAUAUUAUACGCGUCCACUGUCAUCAGUGGACUCCUUGGAAGCUUCGCAACAUUCAUUGGGGGGUGUUUUUCUUAUGUAGCAGAUAUAGCUAAAGAUGUUCAGAGCAAAAACAUACGGAUCGCUUUUCUAGAUAUGGUCCUAGGCGUUUCAAGUGGCAUCGCAGGAAUUGCAUCUGGAUAUUUUAUGAGAGAAUUUGGUUUUAAAGUGUCAUUUGCCAUCCCAGCGUUACUUCACAUAAUUAACAUUUUUUAUAUUGUUUUUUUACUGGAGGAAACUGUUAAAAAAGCAGAAUUUCAACAACAUGUUUUCAGCAAAGAAGGAUUUAAGGAACUCUUUUCCGGAGUGUACUAUAUGUUUAAACAUACAUCUUGCAAGAAUCGGGUUGUUAUAAGUCUCUUGCUGUUUGCGUUCAUGUUCUACUUAUUUGCAAAUAUUGGACCAAGUUCCCUAUUUACACUGUAUGAGCUGGACUCGCCUCUAUGUUGGAAUUCUGUUCUCAUCGGAUGGGGAUCAGCCUUCUCCACAUUUUGCUUUGUGGCAAGUUUUUUGGGAGUUUACUUCUUUUCCCGAUGUCUUCAAGAUGCAUAUAUUGUCUUUAUUGGAAUGAUCUCCUGGAUAACAGGAGUAAUCUUGGCUGCGUUUGCGCAUACCACUGUCUUUAUGAUGCUAGGUAAGGUACAGCAAAAGACCAGAUUUUACUUUGAUUUAACUAUUUUGUUAUGUAUUAUUAAAAAAGGAGGGUCUAUUGAAGGAAAGUCUACCAAAUGAUGUUGCAUUACCUAGUUUACCGACCUGAACAGUUGUUGAGACUGGAUGCUGAGCUUUACCGCUGAGCUCAGAUAUAGAGCUUCAAGCUCUCCGGUUGAUUUAGGGGAGCCCAGUGGACCCCAGGUAUGAUGUUAAACCAUUCUAAAACAUUUUUCUUGUGCACUAUCCCAAAUCCCUUGGCACAUUUAAAUAACUGGAGGGUUUUGGUAUCCAUCCUGUGGACACAUGAGUGUAAGCUCACCUGCCACGCCAAGCUCUGUUAUAAGCUCUCUAUAAAGACAGAAUAGAGAGAGAAACAUACAUGUUAGUUAUGCAUCGUGUGCUCUGGCUAUACCCCUAUAGUGGUUAUUAGAUUAAAGGGAUAUGCUGGACCCCUAAAGCACUUUAUCUUCGUGAAAUGCUUUAUGUGAGAAGAGUGUGCCCUCUUUUUUUUUUUUUUUUCAUUUUUUUUUUUUCUAAAGAAAAUGGCACUUUUUAAAAUUAACAUUGUUACAUUAUUACAACUUUGGUGAAAUGGCAGUUUUGUGUGAAAAGAGCAAAAAAAAAAAAAAAAAUAUGAACACAAACUUUGGCAACGGUUUGUGACUAAGUGGCUCCAAAACAAAAACUGGAUAUACCCCAUGUUGAAUACCCUGGGUUGUCUACUUUUGCAAAUGGCAUGCCAAGAUGGGGUUCAUUUUCAUGGUCUUAAAGGCAACGUAGGCCCAGCAAAUCAAUUUUGGCAAAUUUUAAUGUGUAAAAACUAAAAAGGGAAAAGUCCUGUAUUUGACCCUGCAACUUUCAAAUACCCCAUAAAACCUGUACAUGGAUGGGUACUGUUUUACUUGUUAGACAUCGCUAAACACAAAUAUGGGUAUUUUAUUGCAGGAAAUGCUAACAGUAUUAUGACAUACACAGUUAAAAUGCCAUGCAGAACUUGUCAAAGAGCUUGGGAAAUAACAAAAUGACUUAAAUUCUCACACCUUUUUAGAUUGUAUUCAUAUUAAAUUGUUUCAUAUAUAAAUAUUUGGUGUGAAAUGAAAGUCUGAUUUUCUUCUGAAGAAAAUAAUAUAUGAUUAGUGUGGGUGCACUUAAUAUAAGAGAGGUAAAUUAUGGUUGAACAGACAUAUUGUUAAAAUUUUAGAUUUUGUUUUGUUCAUAACAUAUACAAUUGCCUCUGUCCUUAAUGGGUUAACUAAUUUGUCCUGUAAAUAUUUAAAUAUAUGUAUGGCUCAUAAAUAAAAAGUAUUUCUGAGUCAAAGUUCUAAAAGUGAAGCAAUUAGCAGAAACAUUCCAUUAGUUUCCAUGGCGAUUGCUCAUAUUUAAACCUUUGUCAUAGUAUUCCUCUUUACAUAUGACCCCACUUGUAUCUGAUUACUACUCUUUCAAUAUAUAACAUUAUACAGUAUAGAACUUAAUUAUCUGAUAUGUAUAAGUCAGAUAACAUCAGGCAGUGUAGUGUUAAAUUGCCAACUGACUUGAUUCUGUUAAUUAUUUCUAAGUUGGUUCAUUUAACUGAACUUUAUACUUAAAGGCUUUUGCUUAUCACAUCUCGUAUCACAAAUACAUUAUCUUUCUUGAUCUCAUGUGUUUUUUAUAGUGUGUAGAGGACAAGUUGAUUCUAGGAGAGAUUAAAUUAUAGGAGACAGAUAUUUUGGAUGAAUGUUAAAGGACCACUAUAGUGCCAGGAAAACAUACUCGUUUUCCUGACACUAUAGUGCCCUGAGGGUGCCCCCACCCUCAGGGACCCCCUCCCGCCGGGCUGGAUGGCAAGGAAAGGGGUUAAACUUACCUUUUUUCCAGCGCCGCGCGGGGAGCUCUCUUCCUCCUCUCCACCUCCGAUCCUCCUUUUCACAGUGAGAAGCGCGGAAGCUGGAUUAACCCUAACAUAAACAUAGCAGUUUCUCUGAAACUGCUAUGUUUUUAGAAAAAAGGGUUAACCCUAGAUGGACCAGGCACCCAGACCACCUCAUUAAGCUGAAGUGGUCUGGGUGCCUAUAGUGGUUCUUUAAAUGUUUGAGGAUUUGAUAGAUUACACGUGAAUAGUUUUGUCAUUGAUACAUUAACAUUAGAUAUUUCUGGAGUUGAUAGCAUUGCAAUGGACACUUGGGAAUAAAUAGAUCAGCAAUUGAUGCAGCAGUGGCUACAUUGAGAAUGAGAAUAAUUGGGCAUACUUUAGACAUUGAGAAUGUAUCACUGGAUAAGAUAAUUAACAGGGGAUGCUUUUUAAAAUGAUUUGGUUUAGUUUUAGGUAUACUGCCCUAAGCAUUAGCCAUACAGCCUAGAAAUAUUUUAGUCUACAAAGAGAAGAAUUCUAGAAAAAUGGUUAUUCCAGAAUAUUUAGGUCUAGAAUAGAAAGUAUUUUGAAUUUAGGUGGUGUUAGUUUUUUUCUUAACAUUUUUUCAAAUACCGAUAUCCGAGGUCUGUCUAGAAAAAGUGCAGACAUUGUUAAUAUAAUGAGAACGGUUUGUGUGACAUCGAUGUAGCCUGGCAGCCAAGGAGAGUGGAUUGAUUCACACAUGUGCGAACAAUGACAACUUCACUACCCUAGUCAGUAGACGCCAUUGGCUGAGGCUCCAUUGUCCUAUAUAGAAUGUUUCUUGUUUCGUUUAUCUUUUUUAAUAAAUAUCUCAGUUUUUCAUAUUACAUGGCUGGAUACUUUCGGGACAGAUCUUGCAUUCCUACCUCUCACCAAGGAGCAGCAUUGCAUAACAAAAUAUUUCAGUGGUUUUCAGAUGGACAUUUGCAUCUCUACAAGUCAACCGGUUACCUUAGGUCAUUUCUAUCUUAAAUUUCCUGUUCACUAACCGUUACAUUUCCUGCAAUUUCAGCAGAUGUAUAGAUUAAAUAUUAGUUGAACCAGAAAACUGCUUUUGCGUCCCCCCCUCACUCCUCCUCAUGUGACUCAAACAAUCAUUUUCUAUUUUAACACCAAGAUAAACGGUAUGUUUAGGUGAAAGUGGGAUUUAUGUCUUUAUUCUCAAACUGUUACAUUAUUGUAAUGACCAGUCGUGGCUACUUGGAAACUCUGUGUACAUGUCUAGCUAUGUACCAGGUCAAAGCAUAACAUUAAUUAUAAUAAACCAGUUACAAGUUUGCCCUACAACAAGCCAAAGCCACUAUGACAUGUUGUAAUGCUGUUACAAAAAGAACAAUGUUUUACUCACAACUAACAUCUUUAAUCCAAUUGUUUUAAGGUUUUGUUAAAGACAAGUUAUAUAUGGAAUUAAAAUCUAAAUUCAUUCCUUACUAGUUUCCCUUCUUGUCCUUCCUGCCGUUUCAUUGUGAUAAAUGUAUGGUUGAUAUAACAUGCUAUCUUUCAAUGCGUUUCAUUUUAUUUAUACAAGUAACUGAUUUUAUUUUUCAGUGAGAAUCCCGCUACUUUUUGCCGCUAUGCCUCUACCAGUGCUAAGGUCUAUGAUGUCUAAAGUGGUUUCUGAAAGUCAACAAGGUGUGUUGAAUUGUUAGUUUUGCAGAAUUUCAAAUAUGAAUCUGGUCAAUGGUACACUUACUCAGCAGUGCGGAAGAAUAUAUACAAUGCAUUAUUACAAUGUAUUGAUUAAAAAUAGUGAUCUUGCGUCUGCAAGAGCUCUAUAAAGUAACAAUUCAUUAAAUAUUAUAGAUGUAAGAUAUGUCUUUAAAUGGUGAUGCAUUUUUAAUUUUGAAAUUUAGCUAAACGCCUGCCUCUUCCUUCUUGGUGUUCGGGUCAAAUCCCCACGUGUCAGCACCUCACUUUGUUUUAUCAUGUUAAUAGUAAAUUCAGUGUCACAACAUUGGUUUAAAUUGAAUUAGGUUUCCAAAUGCUUUAAUACAGCUUUUACUCUCUCACACCCCCCAAUAUUUUCAAGAGAUCCAUUCAUCCACGUCUCAUCCAUCCAAUUACACUGGUGGUGUGCAGACCCACCAACAAUAGAUAACUGGAUACGGAGAGUUAAACCAGUCCGAAAAAUGGAAGAAGUAUUAACCUCCAAAUCCACGAAACGCCAGAGACAAACUGAAAUUUGGCGCUUCUGGACAAACCACUUAAAGUGACCCUAUAGUCAACUGAACAACUUUAGCUUAAUGAAGCAGUUUUGGUGUAUAGAACAUGCCCCUGCAGCCUCACUGCUCAAUCCUCUGCCAUUUAGGAGUUAAAUCCCUUUGUUUAUGAACCCUAGUCACACCUCCCUGCAUGUGACUUGCACAGCCUUCCAUAAACACUUCCUGUAAAGAGAGCCCUAUUUAGGCUUUCUUUAUUGCAUGUUCUCUUUAAUUAAGAUUUUCUUAUCCCCUGCUACGUUAAUAGCUUGCUAGACCCUCCUGUAUGUGAUUAAAGUUCAAUUUAGAGAUUGAGAUACAAUUAUUUAAGGUAAAUUACAUCUGUUUGAAAGUAAAACCAGUUUUUUUUUUUUUCAUGCAGGCUCUGUCAAUCAUAGCCAGGGGAGGUGUGGCUAGGGCUGCAUAAACAGACAAAGUGAUUUAACUCCUAAAUGGCAGUGAAUUGAGCAGUGAAUUUGCAUGGGAAUGCUCUAUACACUAAAACUGCUUUAUUUAGCUAAAGUAAUUUAGGUGACUAUAGUGUUCCUUUAAGCUCUAAAGGCAACACAUGGCUAACACCACCCUCCCGGGAUUGUCUGACAUGAGUCUACCUAGUGUUCUGAAAUACCUAACAAUAAAUGGUACAACUGGAGACGGGAGCAAAAUUAAAAGCUCAGCCCUCUACCUACAGUUGUCUUAAUAUGGUCCUUAAACCAAUAUUUCUUUAUAGCAGUGUGGAAGAAGAGUACUCUUAUUGUUCCUUGCAGAAACAUUGGCUGUGUAAGCAAAGUAGGACAAUCCUGACAAUGAAUUUAUAAAGAAUAAAGACAUUUCUUAGGAAAUAUUUUACAGUUGACACAAGCAGAAACUGCUGAUUGUCACUUCCUCAUUAAAUUGGUGACAGGUGUUUAUCAAAAUAAUUACUUCCUUAUUGAUGGUUUCUUUUAUAAAUCAAUAGAAGCAGUACUCCAUGAUGAACAAACUCACAGGUUUUUUUUUUAGAAGGAACCUUCCUAGUCUUCUGUUUUACAAAUGCACCGUUUACACACAGAUGGGUGGGAGCUCUAAAUCUGUGCAUUUAAUAGUUCUAAAAGUACUUUGUUAACUAUGCAUGUGGAUAACACCAUGUUUUCUAGAUAGAUAUCUUACGUGAAGAUCUUCCUAUCAUUCACCGCCAAUUAAUAAUACCCACACUUUGUAAGAGUAGGUAUGAUAUUUUGGCUUAUCAGCUCAGACCAGAAUGACUGCCCAACAUAGCCAGGUUGGUCUACAACCAUUUGUAAAUGGUUUUGUAAAUGUCAGGGGACUCUUUGAAGCAUAACCACUACACUGUUCUGUAGUGGGCAUAGUGCUUAGAGUAUCUCUUUAAAGGAACACUGAAUCCUUAGGAAUACAAACCCAUUUUCCUACCACUUUAGUGUCCCUGUACCUAUACAGAGACCUCCUAACCCCCACUUGGGCAAAAAAAAAAUAAAAAAAAAAUUAAAUAUAAAAUAAAGAUUUUUACUCACCUUUUUCCAGUUCUGAGACUCCCUUAGAGCUGCUUACCUCUCUGCCUCCCACUACGUCUUGAAGGUGGCUUGGCCUCCUCCACAAUGGUCCAAUCUAAUGCUUCUCAUAGAGGACCUCUUGUGCGUUUAAGCUUCUCCAAAGGAAAGCAUUGAAUCAAUGUUUUCCUGUGCUGGCUACCACAUCCCUUGGUUAGUGCCACAGAAGCUUCAUUUAGUGGCUGUCAGUAUGACAUUAUGGCACCCCAGCAACCAUGGGGUACCCCUUGAAGAUACCUAUGAAAAGCAAUAAGUUUAAAAUAUUCUCAGGUAUAUUAGGUAUGUUUUGGUCAGGGUUUUGGGAAAUAAGAGGAAUGGAAAUUCAAUAUAGAAACAGAAUCCUGCUGCAACCUGCAAAUAUACCUCCAUUGUUAUAAUAAGAUCCUACCAUCCUACCCAAAUGUAGCUCAGGAUCUCUCUGAUGGCAUCUGCACCGUUCUCUGCAUAGCAAUCAAAAAAAUGUGACAUUUUGUGAAAUGUAUUGUCAAAGUAUGUGGAGUAAUAUUACCUAUUAUAGCCGAAAUACUAAUUGUGCAUUUUUUUUUCUCUCCACUAGGAGCACUGUUUGCCUGCAUUGCAUGCUUGGAGAGUUUGACUGGAAUCCUGGGACUGGCAGUUUUUAAUACUAUUUACGCAUCCACAGUUACGUGGUUUCCUGGAUUUAGUUUUCUGCUAUCAGCUGGCCUCUGCCUACUUCCUUUUGGUGUUGUAUGGUAAGCGUUUUCCUAUAAAAACCUGCCGUGUCUGUCUAUGUCUCAUUUCAUUAUACCAUUUACUCAAUGUAGCUCUUCGCCAUAUUCAGAACUGUGCAGGAUUCACAGUGGAAUCCAAAAUAUGUAAAUUGAAUUAAACAAACUAAACAUUUGCAGGUUGUAUGUGAGCUGGCUGAGUGUGGUUGUGUGUGGCAUUGUCCAAGUGUGAUUGCAUGUUUGGUUUGGCUUUGUGUGAUUGUUGUAGUUGGUCAACUGUGAUAAUUGUGGGAGUCAAUUGUGUCUCUAGCGUGGUGGAGAUCAAAGCCUGAUCCCCUUCAGGGGAGCAAGGGCUAUAGGUGGUUCUCCAGGGGAAGAAAUAGGGCUAUAAAUGGUGCCGCAGGGGAGAAUAAAGACUAUAAUGGUGCCCCUGCAUGGGAGAACAAAGGGUCAUUGGUAAUACACAUUUGGGAAAGUGAUGGUCAUGGGGAGAGAACGAGAGCUACAUAUGUAGGGCAACAGUGGAGAGAACUUUAUAUUUAAACCUCUCCUGCUUACCUUAUUGCAGGGUGAGGUCCCUGUGGUGCUGACCACAUUCUUGGUCCAUCCUUCAAGAGGGUGGAUCCCUGACUCUUCUGGCACAGUGCACACGGUAACCCAGUGGCGCUGAAGUUGUGAGGAGUGCUAAAAGUCCUGUGAUAAUCUAUGUAGUAUUGGCAAUGUACUAAAUAACAGUUUUGCUAACUGCAGGGCAGAGUCGCAAUAGCAACCUAUGUGAUCCUGGUAGUUCUGCCAAUGCGUAAGGAUCAAAAGAAGCAAAUUUCUGUUUCUAAAUAAUGUAUUUUUAUCUUAUUUAGCUUAUAUGUUGUUAUUUUGUUGUGCUUGUGACUCAUAUUUUCUUGCACUAAAUAAUGUACAUGUUUAUAAUGUACAUGUUUAUGUUUUUGUUUUUUUUUAUCUUUCAUUAAUAUGCUAUACGUUCCAAUAUAUUAUUACUUUAUUUUCAUUCCAGGUUCUUGCUCUGCAUUGGUUACCAAGAACGAAAUCACGUGCUUCUUGUUAAUGAGGAUGUAUCUACCGAAGAUGAAUCUUGACUGAUGAAGACCUGCCAGCCAUGCACUUUACAGAAAAUAAUAUCUCGUUUUGAUUUCUGCAGGAAUUAUUAAUAGACUAGCAAUCUCUCAGUGUCUGAAAUAACUACUGAUAAAUAGGCAAAAGGAAAGCCAUCACCUAUAAUAUUUCUUAAAUAGUGCUUGUGAUUUUUUGGGGGGUUACUUUAUAAUAAUCAACAUACAUUUUAUUUUUGCUUGCUUGUUGGGGCCAACUUAAAGGAACACUAUAGGGUCAGGAACACAAACAUGUAAUCCUGACCCUAUAGUGUUUAACCCACCAUUUAGGUGGCUUGCCCGCCCUUAGUCCCCUUAAAAGCAAUUAAAACUCACCUAGCUCCGCCCCCUUGGUGACUUCAUCAGAACUGCAGAUUUUUAACCAAUCCAAUGCUUUCCCACGGGGAAAGCAUUGGAUUGGCUGAAAUCGGAAAGGGGGUGGAGCCAAACUCUAUUUUGGCAAAUCAGCACUUCCUCAUAGAGAUGCAUUGAGUCAAUGCAUCUCUAUGAGGAAAAUUCUGCGUCCCCCUGCAGUGUGGAAACACUGAAUGGUACUGCUGCCUACUAUGCAGCACUGAGCCAGGAAGCACCUCUAGUGGCCAUUUGAGGAGUGGCCACUUGGAGGUGUCCCUAGGGGCAAUGUAAACUCUGCCUUUUCUCUGAAAAGACCGUGUUUGCGGGAAAAUGCCUGAAGGCAAUGAUUACACUCACCAGAACAACUACAUUAAGCUGUAGUUGUUCUGGUGACUACAGUGUCCCUUUAAGCGCUUUUAAUUAUUGCACAACUAAUUGGGCAGUAGAAAACUGUUUGGAAGCUAGAUGUAAGGCAACUACUUAAUAUUUAAUUUUAAAAUAAAUCUGUAUCUAUACAUGUGCAACCCAGGAGAUUCAUAAAUGAAAACGUAACUUCCCUGCAACCUCAAACUCUUUGUAUGAUACAUAAGGAACAAGGGAAUUAUAGUUACAAUAAAAAUCAUUUUUAUUUUAUUUUUAAUUAGUGUUAUGCAGCAAAGGAUUUUUCGUAUUUAUUGCUCAAAAAAAAAACAUGCUCUGAAAUAUUUUCGAACAAUAUAUGUAAAAAUCAGUAUCCAGUUUACUAAAUUGUAUUUUAAGGGAUUUUAUUUAAAGCAUUAUUUGUAUAGGAUGUUCGUUCAUAAUUAGUGAUGUCCCGAACAGUUCGCCGAACGGUUCGCCACGGAUGGCGAACAUAAACAUAAACUUUGACCCUGUACCUCACAGUCAGAAGACACAUUCC